UCCUCGCGCGUCAUCCACCUCGGUGCCGCGACGGUGUGGUUGUCCUCAGGGCUCACACCAGUUGGCAGGCCUGGGACACUUUGCAGGACAGCAGGCUCUGGAUGCGGUGGCCCUUGCCUAGCCCUCUGGGCCCCAGAUGCCCCCGCCACAGCCUUCGCUACAUGUCUGGGCAGCGGGCCAGCCGUGGGGCCUCCCGGGGGUGCCGGGCGCCCGGGAUUCCUGUUUCGGGGGCACCUGCCUUAGGGUCAUCAUCUCCUCCACAGAGGCCCUGGGACCUGAGCCUGGCCAGCAGGAACAGCUGGUCUUUGGCAGCGGGGACACCGUGGAGCUGAGCUGCCAUGCGCCUGCCGGUGGUCCCACGGGGCCCAGUGUCUGGGUCAAGGACGGUGUGGGGCUAGUGCCCUCCGACCGCAUCUUGGUGGGGCCUCAGCGGCUGCAGGUGCUCAACGCCUCCCACGAGGACGCAGGGGCCUAUAGCUGCCGGCAGCGGCUCACUCAGCGCGUGCUGUGUUACUUCAGCGUGCGCGUGACCGAUGCUCCGUCCUCCGGAGAUGAUGAAGACGGGGAGGAUGAGGCUGAGGAUACAGCAGGGGCCCCUUACUGGACGCGGCCUGAGCGCAUGGACAAGAAGCUGCUGGCGGUGCCGGCCGCCAACACCGUGCGCUUCCGGUGCCCGGCCGCCGGCAACCCCACGCCGUCCAUCUCCUGGCUGAAGAACGGCAAGGAGUUCCGAGGCGAGCACCGCAUCGGGGGCAUCAAGCUGAGGCACCAGCAGUGGAGCUUGGUCAUGGAGAGCGUGGUGCCCUCGGACCGCGGGAACUACACGUGCGUCGUGCAGAACAAGUUCGGCAGCAUCCGGCAGACCUACACCCUGGACGUGCUGGAGCGCUCUCCGCACCGGCCCAUCCUGCAGGCGGGGCUGCCUGCCAACCAGACGGCCGUGUUGGGCAGCGACGUGGAGUUCCACUGCAAGGUGUACAGCGAUGCGCAGCCCCACAUCCAGUGGCUCAAGCACGUGGAGGUGAACGGCAGCAAAGUGGGGCCUGACGGCACCCCCUACGUCACCGUCCUCAAGUCCUGGAUCAGUGAGAGUGUGGAGGCCGACGCACGCCUCCGCCUGGCCAAUGUGUCCGAGCGUGAUGGGGGCGAGUACCUCUGUCGAGCCUCCAAUUUCAUAGGCGUGGCUGAGAAGGCCUUUUGGCUGCGUGUUCACGGGCCCCAAGCAGCCGAGGAGGAGCUGGCGGAGGCCGGCGAGGCUGGCAGCGUGUACGCGGGCGUCCUCAGCUACGGGGUGGGCUUCCUUCUCUUCAUCCUGGUGGUGGGGGCCGUGGCGCUGUGCCGUCUGCGCACGCCCCCGAAGAAGGGCCUGGGCUCGCCCACCGUGCACAAGGUCUCCCGCUUCCCACUCAAGCGACAGGUAACAGUGUCCUUGGAGUCCAACUCGUCCAUGAACUCCAACACGCCGCUGGUGCGCAUCGCCCGGCUGUCUUCUGGGGAGGGCCCUGCGCUGGCCAACGUCUCCGAGCUGGAGCUGCCCGCUGACCCCAAGUGGGAGCUGUCCAGGGCCCGGCUGACCCUGGGCAAGCCUCUUGGGGAGGGCUGCUUCGGCCAGGUGGUCAUGGCGGAGGCCAUCGGCAUCGACAAGGACCGGGCUGCGAAGCCUGUCACUGUGGCCGUGAAGAUGCUCAAAGACGACGCCACGGACAAGGACCUCUCGGACCUGGUGUCUGAGAUGGAGAUGAUGAAGAUGAUCGGCAGGCACAAGAACAUCAUCAACUUGCUGGGGGCGUGCACCCAGGGCGGGCCCCUGUAUGUGCUGGUGGAGUACGCGGCCAAGGGCAACCUGAGGGAGUACCUGCGGGCCCGGCGGCCCCCGGGCAUGGACUACUCCUUUGACACCUGCAAGCUGCCCGAGGAGCAGCUCACCUGCAAGGACCUGGUGUCCUGCGCCUACCAGGUGGCGCGGGGCAUGGAGUACCUGGCCUCGCAGAAGUGCAUCCACAGGGACCUGGCCGCCCGCAACGUGCUGGUGACCGAGGACAACGUGAUGAAGAUCGCGGACUUCGGCCUGGCCCGUGACGUGCACAACCUUGACUACUACAAAAAGACCACCAAUGGCCGGCUGCCCGUGAAGUGGAUGGCGCCUGAGGCCUUGUUUGACCGAGUCUACACCCACCAGAGUGAUGUCUGGUCCUUUGGGGUCCUGCUCUGGGAGAUCUUCACCCUGGGGGGCUCACCGUACCCCGGCAUCCCCGUGGAGGAGCUCUUCAAGCUGCUGAAGGAAGGUCACCGCAUGGACAAGCCGGCCAACUGCACACACGACCUGUACAUGAUCAUGCGGGAAUGUUGGCACGCGGUCCCCUCCCAGAGGCCCACCUUCAAGCAGCUGGUGGAGGACCUGGAUCGCAUCCUCACUGUGACGUCCACGGAUGAGUACCUGGACCUGUCCGUGCCUUUCGAGCAGUACUCACCAGGCGGCCAGGACACCCCCAGCUCCAGCUCCUCGGGGGACGACUCUGUGUUUGCCCAUGACCUGCUGCCUCCAGCCCCACCCGGCAGUGGGGGCCCGCGGACGUGAAGGGCCAUCGGCCUGCAGGCCGAGCCCCCACCAAUGUGAGAGUGGAUGCCAGCUCCCCCCGCCCCCCUGUGCUGCUGGUGGAGUGCUGUCAACCACUGGGGCCCCCUGGCCCGGGUCUGAGUCCUGGGACAGAUGGACAGACAGCUGUGUGUGUGUGGGUGUGAGGGCGUCUUGGGGCCCCGGGCGCAGGGAUCCCCGGGGUGCGCGCCCUGCUGUACAAUGACCUCCUGGCCACCGGCACUGGCAGCCCCAGGGGGACGAAUGUAGAAUGUAAAGGGGUUCCUCCCGGGGCCCCUCAGGACAGGGAGCGGGGCCCCUGCCCCAGGCUCCCCUCCCCCCACCGGCUGCCUCCCAGGGAGCCCCAGGGCUGGCCUGGCUCUGGCAUGCAGUGUAGGGCCUUGGGCUGAGCCUGCGGGGUCGCCCCCAUGCGCAGGCCGCCCACCCACCCACGCGACACCUCGUGCCUGGGGGUGAGUGUGAGCACGCAGCCCCCCACCUCCAGCCUCCCCCACAUCCCACCCUGCUCCUUGGAGACGGAAUUACGGGUACCUGAAGCCUUUAACUUCUCUCCGAGAGGUUCAUUCCAGAAAUGAGUGUACAUUUAUAUAAAUAGAAGCCGUGUGUAGGAUACACACACGUAUAUAUAUAUAAAUACCUAUAUGGAAGAAGGGCUGGUGUCGCAGGCAUGGGACCCCGGGGGCCCAGGGAGCCUCCCCGAGGGAUUUGCUGUGGAGACGAGCACAAACACCAGCAGAUGAUGGAGGGGCUUUUCUGGCAGUUUUGUUUUAAAAAUUGUACCUGGACCUGUAUAUUUGUAAAGCUAUUUAUCAACCCCCAGAACCCCUGUCCGUGUGUUGCCGCCCCCCCCCCCACGUUCAUAGUGUUGAGACAGCCGCAUGGCAGAGAGGUUUCAGUUUUAACUUAUUAACAGCUGAGAAGGGUCCUGCUCCAUUUAGAGGCACCGCGGGGGACGCACAUCGCGCCGGGCUUGGCCAGCAGCACCCCAAAGCUCAGCCCGUUUCCGUGCGCCCUUAAGGGCCGUUCAUAGUUUGAGGUGAUUCUAGUGAGGAUAUUUUAUUUCCUUUGGCCUUCUUUUGCAGGCGAAUUAGAUUUCUAUAGGGUUUUUCUUUAGGAGAUUUAUUUUUUGGGACUUCAAAGCAAGCUGGUAUUUUCCUCCAAGUUCUAAUUGCCAUGUGUUCCGGGUGGGGAGGCAGCUUCCAGUGGGGGCCAACCCUGCACGCAGGCUCAGAUGUUAUUAGAUUUUACAAGUUUAUAUAUAUCUAUAUAUAUAAUUUAUUGAGUUUUUACAAGAUGUAUUUGCUGUAGAUUUAACACUUCUUACGCAAUGCUUCUAGACUUUUAUAGCCCGGACUGCCACCUUUCAAAGCUUGGGAGAGAAAGCCGUGAAUUCAGUUUUGUUACUUUUUGUACUGUUAAUGGCCCGAAUUUGGGGGGCUGUUUUUUGCUCAUCAGCUGGCCAGCCGGCCAGUGGUUCAGGGUGGUCUUUGUUCUCAGGGCCCCCCCCCCCCCCCCUUAUGGGGGCCGAAGGUGUCGGCCCAAACUAGCAGACAUGCUUUCCAAAAAAUAAAGAGAGACGACUGGUUCCCAUC